AUGAGAGUCCUCAUCAUCGGCGCAGGUCUCGGCGGCCUCGCUUGCGCCAUAGCGUGUAGAAGAGAGGGGUUCGAGGUAGUGGUUCUCGAGAGGGCGAAUAGACUGGUCCCGAUCGGCGCAGGUCUUCAGCUUCCGCCCAACGGAACAAGAAUCGCAAGACAACUAGGCUACCUCGACAAACUCCUGCAAUGCGGGGUCGUCAUCGACGGGAUGGAGUACCGCAGGUACGCCGACGGCGCGCACCUGCACACGCUCUCGGCCAAGGACGCGCAGGCCCGGUACGGUGACCUCUGGAUGGUUGUGCACCGGGCUGAUUUGCACUACAUCCUUUGGCAGACGUGCAAGGAGAUUGGCGUGGAUCUGUGUCUCGAUAUGGAUGUGGAGAGAAUUGAUUUUGACGAAAAGAGGGUGUAUCUUGAAGAUGGGGAUGAUAUUGGCGGAGAUGUGAUUAUUGGUGCUGAUGGGCUUUGGUCUAUUUGUCGUGAUCAGCUUCUUGGAGCGGCUUCGCCGCCUGUUGAGACGGGGGAUCUGGCGUAUCGCGCUACGUUUCCGUUUGACUACCUCAAAGCUCUGAAUGAUCCCGGGGUCGACGAUCUCUGCGCGCGGAAGCUGGCUACGGUGUGGAUGGGACCCGACAAGCAUACCGUGUUCUACCCCGUCAGAGGCGGGCGGGAGUUCAACCUCGUGCUCAUCAGGCCGGAUAAUAUGGAACUGGGCGAGAAGCGCGUGCAGGGUGAUAUCGAAGAGAUGAGGGAAAGUUAUCGCGGGUGGGAUGAGACAUUGACAAAGCUCAUCUCGCUGAUACCGAGAGUGCAAAAGUGGAAGCUAUGCACGCACCCCGAGUUGAAGACGUGGACCAAGGCCCAAGGCGCAGCCAUGGCAGUUGAAGACGGCGCCGUGAUCGGGAAGCUUCUGGGCCUCUUGAAGAACUCCUCGGGGGCAGAAAACAUGGUCCCACAGAUUCCCGAGAUCUUGAAGCUAUAUGAGACGCUUCGGAAAGACCGGACGACGGUGAAUGUGCAAGGUGCGACAUCGAAUCGAAAAUGGUAUCAUGUUCGCGACGGGCCGGAGCAGGAGGCUCGCGAUGCGGAGAUGACGGGCGCACCGCUGAGGGAUGAGUUGUCGCCGACGGGGUGGCGGUUGAUGGAUGAGGAUUAUCGGAUGGAGUUAAUGGGGCGGGAUUCGGUAGCAGAAGCCAUUGAGGCCUUCAAGGAGUGGAGACAAAAACAAGCCUGA